AUGACACGGGCACCCUGGCUGGUCAAUGCUGCCUUUCUCUUCAGUGUCUCUGUUGCAGCUGGUCAUGCCUCCCAGAAAGACUCUCUCCACAAUAGUAACUGUCCCCAGGGACAAGGACUCUGGCAGGACAGGGGGAAAGAUGCAGCCCUGGGGCAGCGCCUGGGCACCCUGCUCCUUCCCAUGGCCCUGCUCCUGUCUCCCCUCUUCCCUGCCCCACGGGGUUCCCAGCUGCAGGUGACCGUGGCGCCCUCCUCCACGGCCCGCGUGGGCUCGGGGGCCCUGCUGCAGUGCCGGUUCGAUGUCGGGGGGCCCGUGGCCCUCAACGCUCUGAGGGUGACAUGGUAUUUCUGGGAGGAGAAGUUGGCCUGGUACGACCAGGGCAGGAGCCAGGAACAACCCAGAGCCAGCCUGCCAUCGGAGAAGGAGCUGGAGAGCGGAGACGCCUCCCUGUCGCUAGUUGUGGUGACUGUGCCUGAUGGGGGCUUGUACCGGUGUGUUGUGGGGUACGGGACACAGCAGCACCAAGGGGAAACCAUCCUGCACCUGCUCGCUGCCCCAACGAUCUCCAUCCCGAGACAACCAGUUGUGGCUGACGCUGAGACCUCCCUCCUGUGCCACGUGGGGGGCUUCUUCCCCAAGGAUGUGGACGUGGUGUGGAUGAGAGAUGGGCAGGUCCUGAACGACUCCAUCCGCUCCAGCCCCAAGAGGAACACAGACGGGACCUUCAACCUCAUCCUGACCUACACCUUCACACCCACCCACAUCGACGUGGGGAGCAACUUCUCCUGCCACAUCCACCACGAGGCUCUGGAGCAGCCCAUAGAGGAGGACGUUACCCUGGACGUCCUAGUGGGUCAGACUGGUCCCAGGGCGAUCCUGAUCCUGAUCCUGAUCCUGGUUGGAGGUGGAGCCAUCCUGGUGUUUGUAAUCAAAGGACGACCCCCAAUGGCCAGUUACUUCUGCAGGAAGAGAAGAAAAGGUAGAGAAGCUGAGCCCAGGGAGGGUAGAGAGCAAGGAGGCAGGCCUUGUUCUCUCCUCCUACCAGGCGCAGCAGUGGCUCGCGCCAGCACGCGGAUUAGACCUGUCUUGGUGGCUUUGAGGACAGUACGAGCUUUCAUAACUUUUAACUUCUGGAAGAAGAGGAGCGAAGGCUGGGCCGUCUCCUACAAUGUCUCAGAGGUGGAGGGGCCGGAGCGGUGCCUGCUGGGCCAGGAGGGGACCCUGCGCUGCUCCAUGGAGGGGACAUUUCCAGAGGAUGCAGUCAUGAUGUGGGAGUGGAUCCACAGCGAGGACAGAAUGGCAUUUGAGAGUGACAUGGACCCAGAGAGCCCCGAGCACCAGCCGCUGUUACCUGCCCUCCCCCGGGACUGGAGAGUGACCGAGGAGAGAGCUGGGACCCGCCUCACGUCCUCCCUGACCUUCACCCCCACGCUGCAGGACGAUAGGGCGCGGGUCCGGUGCAGCGUCCUCCAUGAUGUCGAAUGUAUCAGAGAGGAGCGAGUGUCCCCGGAGAUCUGGCUGAGCGUGACCUGGCUGCGGAGGGGCAAGGGGGAGGACACUGCUGUGAUCCUGCGGGACUCGGCUGAGUGCAGGGUGGAGCCCGGCACGGCCGUCCUGGCACGGGACGGGAAGAGCUUCCAGCAGGAGACCACACUCACCCGCUGGACAUCCCGGGACAAGGGGGCAGAGUACAUCUGCCGCGUGGGACACCUCGCCCUGCAGACCCCCAUCGAGAGGAGCACUGGUUAG